GCGGAAUAUAACCAAAAAAGAUGGAUCGUGGGGGAAAACGUCCGAGCAGACUCUUCCUUUUCGGACCCAAACUAGCCGCCGGCGGCGCCGACUCGAGGGACAUCAACAAAUACUUGGUGGUGUACGUUUUGUUCUCCUUCGUGCUGGUCGCGCACGCCUCUCCGGCGAAGCCGUGCGACAAGAACUGUCUGUCGGGGAAAUGCAUCAACGGCUCCUGCGUCUGUGACCGGGGAUGGGUGGGAGAUCUGUGCCAGCACUGCCAGGGGAGGUUCAGAUUGACAGAACCUUCAGGAUACCUCACAGAUGGUCCCAUCAACUACAAGUACAAAACAAAGUGCACCUGGCUCAUUGAAGCUUACCCAAAUGCAGUUCUGAGGUUAAGGUUCAACCACUUUGCCACAGAGUGUAGUUGGGAUCACAUGUACGUCUAUGAUGGAGACUCUGUGUACGCUCCUCUGAUUGCUGUCUUCAGCGGCCUCAUUGUUCCAGAGAUACGAGGUAACGAGACGGUUCCUGAGGUGGAGACAACUUCAGGCUACGCAUUGUUACACUUUUUCAGCGACGCUGCCUAUAAUCUAACAGGAUUUGAAAUAUUCUACUCGAUUAACUCUUGUCCCAAUAACUGCUCUGGUCAUGGGAAAUGCACCCCAGGAAACUCAGCUGCCAGCAGAGUCUACUGUGAGUGCGACAAGUACUGGAAAGGCGAGGCCUGCGACAUCCCUUACUGCAGGAACAACUGCGGGAGCCCCGACCACGGCUACUGUGACCUCACCGGAGAGAAACUGUGUGUUUGUAAUGACAGCUGGCAAGGCCCAGAUUGCUCACUAACUGUACCUUCAACUGAGUCUUUCUGGGUCCUGCCCAGUGUCAAGCCUUUUGGCACCUCCCUUGCCAGAGCUUCCCAUAAAGCUGUGGUGCAGGAAAAGACCAUGUGGGUGGUGGGUGGCUACACCUUUAACUACAGCUCCUUUCAGAUGAUUCUUAACUACAACCUGGAGAGUGGUGUCUGGAACACAGUUCCCAGCAGCGGCGGACCAGUGCCAAGAUACGGCCACUCACUUACUGCCUACCAGGAUAAAAUCUACAUGUUCGGUGGGAAACUCGAAGCCAGCUGGGGGAACGUGACAGACGAGCUGUGGGUGUUCAAUAUAUCCAGUCGUACGUGGCAACGGGAACACCCCGAUGUGGACUCACCGGCUCAGGCUCAGAUUUAUGCCGUGGAGGGACACACAGCCCACUGCGUCCAGCUGAACAGUGGCGAGGCCAUCAUGCUAAUCAUCUUUGGCUACUCUCCCAUCUACAGCUACAUCAGCAACGUUCAGGAGUUCAACCUGAUGUCCAACAAAUGGUUUGUGCCUGAGACAAAAGGAGCCAUUCCUCAGGGAGGGUACGGCCACACCAGCACAUACGACGGCGCCAGCGGCAGCAUCUACGUCCACGGCGGCUACAAAGCACUGCCAGCCAAUAAAUAUGGCCUCGUCGACGACCUGUACCGAUACGACGUCAACACGCGGACAUGGUUCAUUCUGAGAGAAAGCAGCUUUCCAAGGUACUUGCAUUCAGCUGUGCUCCUCAGCGGCACCCUGCUCGUCUUCGGGGGCAACACACAUAAUGACACGUCACUCAGCAACGGAGCCAAGUGUUUUUCUGCUGACUUCCUUGCCUACGACAUUGUUUGCGAUGAAUGGAGGCUCCUGCCCAAGCCAGACCUGCACAGAGACGUCAAUCGCUUUGGUCACUCGGCCGUCAUCAGCAACGGGUCCAUGUAUGUAUUUGGAGGCUUUUCCGGUGUGCUGCUCAACGACGUGCUUGUUUACCGACCUCCUAGCUGCCAGGCCUUCUCAACAGAGGAGGAGUGCGUGAGGGCUGGGCCCGGGGUUCGCUGCAUGUGGAGCAGGGGCCGCUGUCUCCCCUGGGAACCCAGCAUGGCUAAUGGGAGCCUCACUCCUGCCCCAUUCUGCCCCUCUAAAGCUGUAACGGUGGAUGAGUGGUGCUACAGGUUCUCAGACUGUGGCAGCUGCACAGCAAACACUAAAGGCUGCCAGUGGUGUGAUGACAAGAAGUGCAUCGCUGCUUCCAGCAACUGCACCUCUAAUGUGAAGAACUUCACGAGGUGUCCGGUGCGGAACGAGCAGGUGUGCAGCAAACUCGCCAACUGCAAGAGCUGCUUCCUGAAUCUCAACUGUCACUGGGACCAGAAUCACUCCCAGUGCCUCGCCUUGCCUGCCCAGCAUUGCAGCGAGGGUUGGAGCCAGGUGGGCGAUGCCUGCCUGAGGAUCAACUCCAGCCUAGAGAGCUACGACAACGCCCAACACUACUGCAAGAACCUGAACGGGAACAUCGCCUCACUCACCACCUUCAAACAAGUGCACUUUGUGCUUGAAGAGCUCAAGAAGCUCCAGCAACAAGACAAGCGGCUGUCCCCCUGGGUGGGCUUGAGGAAGAUCAAUGUGUCAUACUGGGGUUGGGAGGACAUGACUCCCUUCACAAACAGCAGCUUGCACUGGCUGCCUGGGGAGCCCAGUGACUCUGGUUUCUGUGCCUAUUUGGAGGAGCCUCAGGCGUCGGGCCUGAAGGCCAAUCCGUGCACUGCAACCGCUCAUGGGCUCAUCUGCGAGAAAGCUACAGGAAACCCUAAUCAGAGUACCCGUUCAUCUUGCAAGAAGCCCUGCUCGCUGCACACGAACUGUGCCAACUGCACGAGCCAGGCCAUGGAGUGCAUGUGGUGCGGCAGCACGCAGCGCUGCGUGGACUCCACCACGUACGCUAUCUCCUUCCCCUAUGGCCAGUGUCUGGAGUGGCAGACUGCGGACUGUGUGGCACAAAACUGUUCAGGACUGCGGACGUGUUCUCAGUGCUUGGAGCAGCCAGAGUGCGGCUGGUGUGGAGAUCCAAGCAGCACAGGAAAGGGGCUGUGCAUAGAGGGUUCCUACCGGGGACCCAUGAAAAGGCUGUCGAAGCAGGGCCAGCAGGGCCAGCCGGGCCAGCAGGGCCUGUCCUAUGACAUGAGCCUGGAGCCAGGCAGCUGCCCUAAAGACAAGGGCUUCGAGUGGGCCUUCAUUCACUGCCCUGCUUGCCAGUGUAACGGCCACAGCACGUGUGUGAACGGCAGCAUGUGUGAGCAGUGCCGUAACCUUACCACCGGUCCACACUGCGAGACCUGCAUGCCUGGUUACCAUGGAGACCCAACCAAUGGCGGCAAAUGCCAGGCCUGUAAGUGCAACGGUCACGCAAACGUAUGCCAGGUGUUGACGGGGAAGUGCUUCUGCACCACCAAGGGCAUCAAAGGAGACCAGUGCCAGCUAUGUGACUCAGAAAACCGUUACCUUGGCAAUCCGCUCAGAGGAACCUGUUACUAUAAUCUCUUGAUCGACUACCAGUUCACGUUCAGCCUCAUCCAAGAAGAUGAUAAUCAUUACACUGCCAUCAACUUCAUGGCCUCACCUGAGCAGGCAAACAAGAACCUGGACAUGUCCAUCAAUGCAUCAAACAACUUCAACCUUAACAUCACGUGGUCGGUGGGGUCAACAGCUGGAACGAUCUCCGGAGAGGAGGUGCCCAUUGUGUCCAAAACAAACAUCAAGGAAUACAGAGACAGCUUCUCCUGUGAAAAGUUCACCUUUAGAAGCAACCCCAACAUUACCUUUUAUGUUUACGUCAGUAAUUUCUCAUGGCCAAUCAAGAUCCAGAUUGCCUUCUCCCAGCACAGUAGUAUCAUGGACCUGGUCCAGUUCUUUGUGACAUUUUUCAGCUGCUUUCUGUCUCUACUCCUGGUGGCAGCAGUGGUUUGGAAGAUCAAACAGACCUGUUGGGCUUCACGGCGCAGAGAACAGCUGAUGAGAGAGCGUCAGCAGAUGGCCAGUCGUCCAUUUGCAUCAGUUGCUGUUUCACUGGAUGCCAGAGGAGAGCUAACAGAAGUCCUGCAGCCUGUGGCUGAUGGUGCGCCUAAACCUGUGGCGAUGGAGCCUUGUUCUGGAGGGAAAGCUGCCGUGUUGACUGUCCUCAUACGGCUGCCGUCUGGGCCCUCAGGCUUACCUCCUCCAGGACAGUCAGGGCUCAUUGUCGCCAGCGCGCUGAUCGACGUUUCACAGCAGAAACCAUCAGAUUUUAAAGACAAGUCUCAAGCUUUAAAGAACAGAAAAGCCCUUCCUCCGGCUCACCAAGGGACCUGUGUCUGA